AUGCCGUCGCCGGACGCGGCGGCGAGGCACACGGGCGCCGGCGUGGCGCGUCGGCAGGCCCACCACGAGCGGAUGCGCGACGAGCGCGCUCGGGAAGCGGCCGCGGGCGACGCGGAGCUUCCGCCGGAGGACGACGCGGUCGAGAUGGCGAGCGCCGUCCACGUGCUGGACAGCGUGGCGGAGGUGGGCCCGAACUACACCCUGCUGCGCAGCAAGGAGACGAAGGCGAAGCUGCGGAAGCGAAAGCGCGAGGAUGCCAGGGCGGCGCUCGACGGCUACUCUGUCCUGUCCACCGGAUCGCGCCUCGAGAUCUUCUGCGACAGUGAGCGGUGGUACCCUGCGACCGUCAUGGCGCGGGAGGAGGACGGGGACGGACGGAUCGUGCACGAGGUCGAGUACGACGGCUACUCGGGUCGGCGGUGGUGGCACAUGCUGGACGACGAGCGGUGGCGCGCCGUCCCAGAGCAGGCAGCGUGCGUGUGGUUGUUAGAGCUGUUUAACAUUAACUUUGGGCCUAACAGUUGCGCUAGUGUUGGCUGA